GUGAAAACAGGAGCUGCUGUGAUGCCUGCUUUUGUCGACAUCGUCGCUGGUUUCUUUCUGUUUCUGUCCCUUUUUCCUCUCCAGUUCCAGGACUUUGAGUAGAUGCAGAAAGAUGCAACUGACUAAAGAUACGAUGAAUCCGGCGGCCUGCUUGAGAGAGAGAGACAGCUGAUAAGCAAGUGGCCACGUGAUUAUGCAGACACCCCACCAUGCCUCUAGUAGACUGGUUCCUCCGCCACUCAGUUACCAUGUGGCUGCUUCUCCAGAGCUUUGUUCUGAUGACCUUUUGUUUCCAUUCGGCCACUACCUUUCCCAAGGGCUGCUAUCACGCAGAAGAGAGCGGUUACAAAACCUUCCGGUGCAGCAACGCUCAGCUCACAGAGGUCCCUAAGGACAUACCCAAUGACACUAACAAGCUCUACCUGGAUUUCAACCAGAUUGCCUUCCUCCCCAUUGACGCCUUUCGGAACUUGCCGGUCCUGCUGGAGCUGGAUCUGUCUCACAAUGCCAUCGUCAGGAUAGAGAGUGGGGCUUUCCGGGGCUUGUCGGAGCACUUGCAUUCCCUGGAUUUGUCCUCAAACAAGCUGGUGUCAGUCAAUAAGGAUGUCUUUAGCAAUCUGAAGGCCAAGGUCAAUCUCUCCAGCAACCCUUGGCUGUGCGACUGCAGGCUCCAGGAGCUGAUCAGGACAGUGGACCUGGUUGCUGGGUCCUCUGGGAGCAUCCUCUGCGACUCCUCUGCUAAGGAGGAGCAUGUUGGCAAGCCCUUCCUGCAAGUGGUCACAGACAUGGACUUCUGCAGCGUUUACAAAAAGACCACGGACAUAGCCAUGCUGGUCACCAUGUUCGGCUGGUUCGCCAUGGUGAUCUCCUACCUGGUCUAUUAUGUCCGGCAGAACCAAGAAGAUGCCCGCCGGCACCUUGAGUACCUGAAGUCCUUGCCCAGCAAGCAGAGGAAGUCAGAAGAGUCCUCCACCAUCAGCACCGUGGUGUGACUGAAAAACCGCUCCCUCCUGCCCCAACCCCAGCAAAUGUAGGACCCCUGGGGAAGUUUGUGGAAA